UAAUAAGGAUAGAAGAGAGUUAGAAGGAAAGAAGAAAAGAUGAGGUUCCGAUGCGAUGCCAAACUACCUCUCAUUGGAUUCGGUACAGCUGCAUACCCAUACAAUGGAGAGAGAAUAGAACAAGCAAUUGCAACAGCUCUAGAGCUGGGUUACAGGCAUUUCGACACGGCCAAGAUCUACGGUUCAGAGACCGCCGUGGGGAGAGCUUUAACGGAUGCGAUUGGUGGAGGAAAGGUGGAGCGAGAGGACAUUUUCGUCACUUCUAAGCUUUGGGGGAGCGAUCACCGUGAGCCUGUAACUGCAUUGAGACAAUCUCUCAAGAAUUUAGGAAUGGAGUAUCUGGACCUGUACCUGAUCCACUGGCCAGCAAGAUUCAAGACGUGGGCCAGCUAUCCUGUGCCGACUGAGGACGACUUUGAUGGCCUGGACAUGGAGUCGACAUGGGCCGGGUUGGAAAGAUGCGUGGAUUUAGGUUUGUGCAAGUGCAUUGGCGUCAGCAACUUCUCUUGCACCAAGGUUGAUAGACUCUUGCAACAUGCGUCCAUCCCUCCUGCUGUUAACCAGGUGGAGAUGCAUCCCUUGUGGAGACAGAAGAAGCUUAGAGAGUUCUGUGAAGAGAGGAAGAUUCAAGUGAGUGCUUAUUCACCACUUGGUGGGCCAGGGAAUUCCUGGGGAUCAACGGGUGUGGUGGAGAACCCCAUCAUCAAGUCCAUUGCUCUUAAGCACAGUGCCACUCCAGCUCAGGUUGCACUGAGGUGGGGAUUGGAGAAAGGAGCGAACGUGAUCACGAAGUCCUUCAAUCGCGAGAGGAUGAAAGAAAACAUGGGAGCAUUAGGGCUGAGGUUGGAUGAGGAGGAUGUGAUGGAGAUUGAUAGAUUGGAGGAGUGGAAGCUCAUGAGAGGAGAGUUUCUUGUAAAUCAAACUACAAGCCCUUACAAGACAAUUCAAGAGCUUUGGGAUGGAGAGAUUUGA